UGGUCCGUUCACACCGCCUUGUGCGUCUCUUGGAAGAAAGCAAAGGGGUCCCGGUCGACCUCUGGCUUCCCCUGCAGCAACCCGGGGCUAACAGGUACCAGUGACUACUGGGCCCUCCGGCUUAUUCGCGACGGCGUUUGCGACCUGAUUGCGACGACGACUGCGCGCGCCACAUCAAUUGGUAAACAUCUCCUUGAAAAAGACCCAAUACCGUCGCCAUGCCCUGCCCCAGACUCGCAAAGCCCUCCUCCGUCUCCAUUCUUGAGCCUCAACUUUUUUUUUACCCUCACACCGACGCCUCACUCCUUUCCUAACACCAUUGCCGCCCUCAAGUUCCUGAUUGGCCCGUUUUGGUGGGCAGAUUGCUAUCUUGGUGGCCUCCCUCCGACCUAGUACAAUUUGCUCUUCUGUGUGAUAUUGUGCCCAGUUUCAGCUUCACGAAUACUAUACAUAUCUGAUUGACAGUCUUCCGCCGAAACUCUUGAGCCAAGUGCUUCAUUCAUCUCAGCGCUCAUACACCAACUUUCCCCAUGCAAGAUUUUGUGCUGGGGCCAACAAAAGGAUUCACCACUGACGCAACACACGAAUCGAAUUUAUCUCGGCAGUCUCUCGUUUAACUUAUCAUCUUCAUUGGACCAAUUUGCCUCCCCGAGGUAGCGAACGGACAACUCGUCGACAAACAGCAGGAGUUCAUCACCAUUUUCAUUCUUGGACACGGCUCAACUCCUGUCAGUUUGACUGCUGGAUUCAUUACUUUUUCAUCAUAGGGAAAGGAUCAGUUGAGUCGAUUGCGAACGCUUGACUUCAUGGCUUCCUCGGAGAUCGACCAAAAGUUUCUUGGCAAGCUCGCCCGGCUAGUCGAGAGUGAAAACCCCCUGCUUUCCUCUGUCCUGUACAAGAUUCUAGGACUUUCGAUAAACCUCUCGAGUCAGCUCAUCACCGCACGAAAACAGCGCCGACAAGACGGCAGCUCAGGAAAUCCUCCAUUAGACCUUCAUCUUCACAUCGUCUGGUUGUCACGGGAGGGGUUACUACUGCUCGAUCAAUAUGUACUGCCAUCGGCAACGCUAAAGAAGAAUGUCGAACUCAAAAUCCUAGCAUACAAGCUGCUAGCUUCAUUCUAUCACAUUAUCGUCUUGUUUCACAACACUCCACCUGUUACAACGAUAGGAACCAACACCCCGGAAGGCCAGUCAACAAGCAGUGUAGCGAAUGCCAGCGACAAGGGAAAAAGGGUAGCAAAAGGCAAUGACACAUACGAUCACGGUGCUUCAAGGUCGAUAUCUGAGGGGGGGCCCGUUGGUCCACCCCCAGGUUUUGGUCCGCAAUCACCAACAGCCUUCCUCAUGAAGCCCGGGGACUACCUACCACUGGCCCAGCAAUGCUUCAAGGAAGCUAUCCAGCUCGCGGAACAGCACCUUUGGGGAUCACAUUCGCUACGGCUUUCGGUCAAGACAGAAUACGCAGCCUUCCUAUACGAAUGCGUUCACGAUGCCGAGGCUAGCCGAAGACUCGCAAAGGAAACCAUCUCGGAGGUGUAUGAGGCGACGGAAGGCAUCGACAACGACAUGUUUAACGAUGCGUGUGAGCUCGUCACAGUCCUCGGGAAAAUGAUGAAGCGCGGUUUGGGGUCGAAUAAUACUCUACGAAGCAAGGGUCACGGAACAUCGAAUUCUGGCUCGCAGGGAACACCCAGGAUCGAGCAAAUAGAAGCCCAGGCACCAGUCACAGCUCCGCCAGGGAUGAUAUGAGCGAGAGAACUCGGCAUUGGUUACUUUCCACCCUGUCGGCAGCGCUCUGGAAGGAGGACCCAAGUCCAGAUGUCAGAGAGAAAGCCGUUGAGGAUGCUCAUCACCACUGGAGCCAGGCACGAUCAAGCACCGUGCCAUCGCAGGGAUAUGCCAACAGACUGAACCUUCCAGAAACCUGGCUCAAUGCGUCAGUCACCGAGCAGCACGAACAACUUCGAAUCCCGGAUGCCGAUCUUGCAUUAUGACAUCAUCGCCUAUAUACUACUAUGCAGUACGUAUAUCAGCCUUUUGUUGUUAUCCAUGCCGAUUAAUACGCUUUAUUUGGACCCACGGCAUUCUAUAUUACACGGGACAUAUAACCAUCGUCCGAGAAUCAGAAACCAUGCCAUUUUCAACAUGAGAGUUUGAGCGCAACUUCUCUUCUAUCUGGCGGUUUUUGGAGUUACAGAGCGAUCGCCUUUGGUCUUCAUACGACAUCAAUAUGUCAUUUCACUUACGGUACAAUCAUGUUCUGGUUUUUCUUGUAUAUACUCAUUGCCUUCUUUUGUUUUUGUCAAUUUGAUACCCAAACGCGUCCGUUUCGACCGAUGGUGUCUUUUUUUGUGGCUUUUUUGCGUUUGAUGUCUUUUUGCUUUUGGGUGAAUGCGGGAAAUCUCGGUUUGAUGGGGUGGCUGUUGUUUUUGGAUACUCAUCAUAUGUCAGCUGUAGUUUGCUGUCAACAUAACUGUAACUGUGUAAAUACUGCUGAAAGAUCGUCGACAGUUGAUGGAUCCGUUACAAGAAAUGAAGAAGCGUGGUCGU